GUGGAGUCGCGCGUUAGUUGUGGCCUGGUCGCGCCGCGCGCCGGCACAGCGUCCUUAUCAACGCGGCUUUAGUGCGCAUCGAGCUCCACGUGUAUAAACAUUGUCGUGCAACAAAAACAAGCGACGAACGCGCAAGGACGCCGAUGCCGCUGCACCGUUUAGAAACCGCCGCGAUACUCCUACCUAAACUACCAAAAUGUAAUCAGUCUUGUUGAACGAAGUGCUUUGUUUUGAUCAAACAUUACACGUGUGCGGUCUCAGUUUAUUUUAUAAUCGGUCAGUGUUAUGUGUAGUGAUAAAUCAAUCAUAUGUGUAGUGUUAUGCGUGAGAAACCCAUUGACUGUCGACAGUUCGUUGGUUAGUUAAGUGAUGUCUGUUAAACUUGGAAGUGAAAUUUGUGAAAUAGGCGUUGUCGGCGGCGGCAUGCCCGAGGCGGGCGAGAGGCGGCACGGGCCGCUGUACGGCCGGCUGGUGGCAGAGGAGCAGCUCGCCUCCAUGAGCGCGCCUUCGGACAUUCAGGUGAGCGCCACCGCGCGCCCCCGGGCUUUCUGCCGCUACCGUAUUCCCGCCCAGGCUAUGCAAGCCCGAAUACCACACCACUUUCGGGACCCCUCAACAGCACCGUUACGGAAGCUAAGUGUGGAUCUCAUCAAAACAUAUAAACACAUAAACGAGGUAUACUACGCGAAAAAGAAGCGGAGAGCGCAACAGUACCUGGGCGAGGAUGGCUCGCACAAGAAGGAGCGGAAGUUGUACAACGACGGGUAUGACGACGAUAACCACGACUACAUCAUCAAACAAGGCGAGAAGUUCCUCGACCGGUAUGAGAUCUCCUCACCCAUAGGGAAGGGAUCUUUUGGACAGGUUGUGAAAGCGUAUGAUCACGAGGAGCAGUGUCAAGUAGCGAUUAAAAUAAUUAAGAAUAAGAAACCCUUCCUAAAUCAGGCACAAAUAGAAGUCAAGUUACUAGAAAUGAUGAACAGAGCAGAUGCUGAAAAUAAGUAUUAUAUAGUGAAACUGAAACGUCACUUCAUGUGGCGGAACCACCUGUGCCUAGUAUUCGAGCUACUGUCGUACAACCUCUACGACCUGCUGCGGAACACCAACUUUCGCGGCGUCUCGCUCAACCUCACGCGGAAAUUCGCGCAACAGCUGUGCACAGCGCUACUCUUCCUUAGUCAACCUGAACUAAAUAUAAUUCACUGUGAUCUUAAGCCCGAAAAUAUACUAUUAUGCAACCCUAAAAGGUCAGCCAUUAAGAUAGUAGACUUCGGCAGUUCGUGUCAACUAGGCCAAAGGAUAUACCAAUACAUCCAGUCAAGGUUCUACCGAUCACCGGAGGUCCUGCUGGGCAUACCUUACGACCUAGCGAUAGACAUGUGGUCGCUGGGCUGCAUACUGGUCGAGAUGCAUACGGGCGAGCCAUUGUUCAGCGGAGCCAACGAGAUCGACCAGAUGAACAAGAUCGUUGAGGUGCUGGGCAUGCCGCCGGAUCACUUAUUAGAUCAGGCUCAUAAAACCAGAAAGUUCUUCGACAAACUACCAGCGUCAGAAGGUGGCGGUUAUGUUUUGAAGAAAGUCAACGGGAAAGAUGGGAGUGGUUACAGGAAGUACCGCGCUUCGGGCACGCGGCGGCUGCACGACAUCCUCGGCGUCGAGGGCGGCGGGCCCGCGGCCAGGCGGCGCGGCGAGCCCGGACACUCCGUCUCAGACUAUCUUAAGUUUAAGGACCUAAUUCUCCGUAUGCUAGAGUACGACCCCAAGCAGCGCGUGACGCCGUACUACGCGCUGCAACACAACUUCUUCAAGCGCACCGCGGACGAGGCCACCAACACGCAGCAGGCGCAGCAGCACCACCAGCACGGCAUAACGUGAAUGUUGUGAUCAGUGGGCGUGGGCGCGCUGGUGUGGGGCUCGGGCGCGGGCGCGCUGCCGGAGCGCAUGGACGUGGAGCGCGCGCCCGACGAGCUGCACGCGCCGCGCCGCAGCCCCGUCGCCAUACACUAG